AUGAAGGAAGAGAAUGUCACACAACUGUUCAAAGAGCAGAGUUCACCAUGGGCGGCUAUUGUCAAGCAGGCUGCAGAAAAGACAUUCUUUACGGUCAAGUCUUCGAUGAUGCUUGCUGUCGCUAAGGCUCGUACUGAGCAACAGCAAGACCAUGUUGCCGCGGUGAUCCAGGAGUUGUUCGGCACCAAUCCGCGGUCCGAGGAUUAUAUGACCACGAAGAUGAACGUGAACACCAAAGCCUUGAUGAAUGCAUUUAUCAACGCCACCGAGCCAGACAUGACUACCUUUGCGUGCAAGGAAGCCUUGACGACCAUGACGGCUUACUACGAGGUUGCACUCAAGAACCUCGUCGACGACUUUGCUAUCUAUGCAGUCGAACAAGCCUUGAUGGGCCAGUUGGAGGGUCUCUUUCCGCCUUCCAAGAUCUUUCAGCUCAGUGACGAUGUCGUCCAGGAUAUUGCAGACGAGAAUGAGGACAUCCGAAAUGAGCGGGCACUUUACACGAAGAAACUCAAAACUCUCAACAAUGCUUUGGAUGUCCUGAAGAGAUUGGAUAGGGGUAGUUCACGAAACGUGAUAGCAGCUGGCGUUCCUGAUCCGAAUGAGGACGAGAACAUGGCACGCUUUGAUCUUCUUCAUGCUGAAAAGUCAGAUGAGGAGUCUGACGAGGGGGGCACCAGUGAUGAAGCAUCUGCGUCCGAGUCCGAAGCUGAGAGCUAUCAGACUGAAGCAGAAGACGCAGCACGGGGAUGA